CACCUAGCGCAUACACACUCCACGUUCAGAGCAUCAUCGCUUGAUUCGACUUUGACCCAAGACAGGAGAUCAAACCCAUCAAGGCGAUCCCACACGUACCAGGACGCACCUACAGCUGCCAAGGGCUGGUAGCAGUAUUGCUCGCCCCUUGCAAGAUCUGAGACCCUGCCUCCUCGCUAUACCUCGAGCGGUCCCCUCCCGGACCGGACUGUAGGAGGCAACCUUUGACUGCCCCGUGUGGAACUGCUGCUAUACUACAGCUGAACAGUGACUAAGUCAAGCCAUGGCCCCUGAGCCCAUUCGGAGGAAGCUCGUCAUCGUAGGCGACGGCGCCUGUGGAAAGACGUCGCUACUAAACGUCUUUGCACUUGGUUCGUUCCCAAGCGACUAUGAACCCACCAUCUUUGAGAACUACGCUGCCGAUGUGCGCCUCGAUGGCAAGGAGAUCAGUCUGCAGUGCUGGGACACUGCAGGACAGGAGGAGUACGAGCGGCUACGGCCCCUGUCGUAUUCGCAAGCACACGUCAUUCUCAUUGCUUUCAGCUUAGAUACCCCAGACUCAUUGGAGAAUGUCACAGUGAAGUGGAUCGAAGAGGUCAGGAAUAUUUGCGGCUCGCAAAUACCAGUCAUACUUGUCGGCUGCAAGACCGAUCUGAGAGAGGAUGCCGAGGCCAGGGGUCCCUUGCUACCAGGCGAAUACAUCAGCAAUACGCAGGUCAGUAGGCGAUAGUCACAAAGAUUCUGUGCUUUACGCGUGGCAGAGCUGACACCAGCAUUUCCCAUAUGCAGGGACGGGAAGUAGCGCAGCAGAUAGGAGCUCGAGCGUAC